AUGACGUAUUAUAAUAUUAUUACUUUAUUAAGUAUAUGUCGUUUAUCAAUUAUAUUAUUAACAAUAGUUUUUUCUGUAUUAGGAUGUGGAGGAAAUAAGAAAAAAGAUCCAAGAAAACAAGGUAAAAAAUCUAUGAAUGGAAAGAAAUUAGGAAAAGGAGGUGGUAAAAAGAAUGUAUUGUCCAACAAAAAAGUUAAGUCAGCUGAUCAAAAAGAUGGAUCAAAGAAAGAAUUAUCUAAAAAAGAUGACAAUAAGAAUUUGGGAGAUCAAAAAGAUAAUGAUGGAAAAAAAUCAAAUGUUGAUAAACAGGGAGAACAAAAAGAAAAAACAAAUAAAGCUAAAAUUGAUGUUAAUUUCAUUACAGCAAAAGAGGUUAAUGUUAAAACAGAUAAAACACAAAUUAGUAUUAGAGCUAAAGCUCCUCCAGGUGAAUCUAAUUUUAAAAUUCCCGACGUAGCUAAAAAAGUUGAUGCAAAAGAUCCACAAUAUCAAACAUUAUGUGGAUUAAUUAAUGACGACUUAUUUGGUAAAGAGAAAGAUGACAAAAAAACAUCUCAGAAGAAAAAAAUUAUUAACAUACGUGCUCCAACAGAAGUCAAAGGUGCUGAGGCUGCUGAUCCACAAUAUCAAACACUUGCUGGUCUUUUAAAUGAUUUGUUCCAAGAUGAAAAAAAUCCUCAGAAAAAAAAUGAUAACAAAGAUAGUAAAAAUGACGAUAAAAAAGAUAACAAAAAUGAUGAUAAAAAAGAAGAUAAAAAUGAAGACAAAAAAGACGAUAAAAAAAACGAUAAGAACGAUGAAAAAAAGAAUUCAAAUGAUCCACCGAAGGCAAACGAUGAGGAUAAGAAUGAUUCUAAGAUAGAUUCUAAAAAUGAUUCUAAAAAAGAUAAGAAAGAAGAUAAAAAAGAGUAA